AUGUCCUUUCGUGAGCUGCGCUCUUUUUCGGAGACGAUGCGUCUCCUCGGCUAUCCACAGCUGAUAAGCAUGGAGUCGUUCCGGGAGCCGAAUGUAGAGCUGGUCGCCGACUGCAUUCACUGGCUUAUCACCCGCUAUGAGCCAUCUGCGGAGGUAACGUUCAACAUCGAGCGGGAGCAUAACCGCGUGACGUUCUUCAAGCAGGUGUGUGAGGUCGCCCUUGCCAAGGGGAGAAUCAAGCUCAACGUGAAGAAGCUCUACCAGGCGGACGGGCACGCCGUGCAGGAGAUGCUGAAGCUCGCGAAUGUGCUGAAGAAGGCGAUGAAGGCGACGGACACCGAGGAGCCUGACUUCACCGCACUGCAGCAGAUGGCGGCGCAGAAGAACGUGAGCGACGCCAAGGCGGUGCAGCAACUGUGCAGCGAACUGACGGCGGACGGCAGCAGUCUCUUCUUCUUGGUGGAGGGAGAGCUGAACUCGCGCGGUGACCGCCAGCGCAUCUUGUCUCGUGCCACCGAGGUCGGCGAGUUUGAGCGUCGUCUGCGGGAGCUGCUCGCCAACGUCACCCAGGAGGUGGAGCAGUAUCAGCAAAGCAUCGUCAACCUCAGCGCGGACGAGAGCAACCUGGAGCAAAAGAUCGAGAACAAGAAGGCACACCUAGAGCGAGCCCAGAAGCAGUACAAAAGCGCAAUGGCCACGAACCCCGCCUUCCUCAAAGAGUACGAGAACCACGAGAAGAGGCUGCAUACACAAUUCGUUAACUAUCUCGAGCAGUACCGCAACUUGGAGUUUCUGGAGCACCAGAUUGCCAAGUACAACGCCAAAGAGGAUGCCAUGCUCGAGGAGCAGGAGACAAAGCUGAAGGUCAUGCGGGAGCGGCUGCGCAAGGAGGAGCUGAAGAACAUCCGCGCGGACAGCAGGACGCGCCGUCCGAGUGGACGUCGCGGUGGCGGUGGCGGGAGCCUGACGCCGGCGAUGAGCGACGACGAAGACGACGGGCACGAAAACGCCCCGCGCGUGAAUGGCGGGGUGCGCAUCCGCAACGUCGCCGAAGAGGAUAGCAGCGGCGACGAGUCCACCUCGGGUGAUGAAGAGAGCGACACCGACGACAGCAGGCCGCGUCAGCAGCGGCGGCGACCGCAGAAUGCCAUUGGCCAUAGCCGCGGCUCGCUCGUUCGCGACGGCGCCGUGAAGGGCGACGGCGACAACCACGAUGAGGAGGACGAAUCGCUUGUGAACCAGAUGCGUCGGCCGCGAGUGGCGACAGGCGCGCGGCCGCCUGCCGCGGGGGGCGAGCGCUCACGGCUUCUCGCCAACAAUCCUGGCGAAAGCAACUCUUCUUCCGAGCCAGACAGCAGCGAGCUGUCCACCUCGACGAGCAGCGGCGAGUUUAGCAGUGACGACUCCAGUGACUACAGCGGAUCUGACGACAGUGACAUUUAG